AUGCUCGACGAUGAGAGAGCCAAGCAAACAGCAUCUUUGGCGAUUUUCCCACUCAUUCUCGGCAGCGGGGCGAAACUGGGGCGGGCUGGGGCAGAUACAGGGGUGACAAGCCCUGAUCGGUCGAGCAAGAUUAUCGUUAUCCAUCUCUCUCUUCCGAAUCCCAAAAACUCAUCCACAGAAAUGGCCAACGUCCCCAAGGUUAAGCUCAACAGCGGACAAGAGAUUCCUCAGAUCGGCUUUGGUCUCUGGAAGGUCACCGAAAACACUGCCGAUGUCGUCUAUAAUGCCAUCAAGCUCGGAUACAGGCUGUUCGACGGUGCCUUCGAUUACGGAAAUGAGAAGGAGGCUGGUCUUGGUGUGAAGCGUGCCAUCGAUGAGGGGAUCGUUAAGCGCGAGGACCUUACCAUCGUCUCCAAGCUGUGGAAUACCUUCCAUGAGAAAGAGCGCGUCGAGCCGAUCGUUCGUCAACAGCUGGAAUGGUGGGGACUCGAGUACUUCGAUAUCUUCUACAUUCAUUUCCCCGUGGCUCUUGAGUAUGUCGACCCCAAGGACAGCUACCCAUCUGGCUGGAAAAACCUUCAAGGCAAGGUCGUCCAAUCCAAGGCAACGAUCCAGGAGACCUGGCAGGCUAUGGAGAACCUUGUUGACCUCGGCCUCGCCAAGUCCAUUGGUGUCUCCAACUUCCAGGGAGCUCUCCUCAUGGAUCUCCUGCGAUAUGCCCGUAUUCGUCCCAGCAUUCUCCAGGUUGAAAUCCACCCCUACCUCACCCAAGAAGCAAUCAUCGAAUACGCCAAAUCUGAAGGAAUUGCCGUCACUGCCUACUCAUCGCUGGGUCCUGCCUCUUUCAUAGAACUCGAGUGGGACAAUGCCAAACAAGCAGUCCCCCUAUUCGUCCACCCUGUUACGACUGCCAUCGCCGAAAAAUACAGGAAGACUCCCGCUCAAGUUGUCCUGCGCUGGGCCACUCAGCAAGGUCUUUGCAUCAUCCCCAAGAGUACCGAGACCAAGCGCCUCGUCGAGAAUUUGGAAUCGGCUUCGUUCGACCUUACCGAUGAAGAACGCAAGCAAAUCUCAAGUUUGAACAUCAACCUCCGAUUCAACAACCCACCAAACUGCCAACCUCCAGGACAAUAUCUCGAAUACCUGCACAUACGUUCCCUUCAUAUCUCCAACACGAAGGAUAACGAAUUGGAUCACGAAGAAGCCACUAUGGCUACCCUGCCUCCGCAUAACGAUGGCAAAGCAAGUCCGGACAGCAAUCGUGACAUGUUGAAACAGCUCCCAGAUAUCAAGGCUAGCAACUUGUUGCAAAUUUCACGGAAGAAUGACGAGUUACGAGGCUCAUGGGUUAUUGACCCUACGAUGAUAAUCCCAUCGAUAUUUCUCCCGCCGCUCAGGCCAGAUGAAACUGAAGAGACACGAAGCAAUAUAUCGCUCGAUGUGAUACAGAGCGGCUUCAUCUACGCCGAUAUAUUCCUUUUGUCACCCAUGACCUCGUUGAAGGAUCAGACAACGGCCGCAUACAUUCAUAGAAAACGAAUUUAUAUUCGAGGAACCUGUCAGAACGGUGAUAUCAUAAUGAAGCUGCAUGAGCAUGUACCAUCAAAUGCACCCUCAUUGACACCAAAGCCAACGCGAUGGCCUCUUCAAGUCAAUUGUUCAUCCGCGUCGGGCAGCGUCGUUCUUUACCUUCCACGGUUCUUCCACGGUCCGAUGAGCUUCAAAGUCAGAAACGGGGCUGUGCACUUUUCGAAGGCGGUGAAACCAAUGGUGACCAUAUUUUCUGACAAUGAUGGGCUACAGGUAGGUUUUCUAGGCGAUUUCAACGGCGCUGUAAUCCAGGAUAGUGGAGAAUGGACUGGAGACAUUUUAUUUGCUGAAGCACCAAAUGGUUCUAUUACAAUCUCCUUUGAGGACGAGGAAUCGCCUAGGUACAAAGUACCCAGGUGUCGUUGA